CUGGCCUAUUUAUACAGACCACCUACCUGCUCUACUCAUGGUGAGGCUGCGACUUGAGAGCAGAGCACAGAGCGAGAAAAAACGCAGGAUGAGGUUCCUUGGCCUUGUGAGCCUGGUUGCUCUGAUCUUCCUGUUAAGCUUCAGGUCUUUGCUUCACCAGCAAGUGCUUGUUGUUUUUUUUCCUUCCGUGCAAGGAGAAGGUGCUGCGACUGCGAGCCAUGACGACGGCAGGAGGCAGCACGCCAAGGAGUGGGCCGACGAGAGGAAGAGGAUGAGGUGGUUCAUGACCAAGGACUACGGCCAUCCGAGGCGCCACACACCGAGGCACAACCGGCUGCUGUAGAAGAGAAGCUUGCAACAUGAGAAGGCCGACGGCGACGUGGGUCUUUCCUAGCUGAUCCUAGCUCAUCUCAAUUUGGUCCCAUGUGUGCAGUCCUGAUCCGCACGCAAAUUUUGUACCCCCCCCCCCCC